AUGAAUCAAACACAAUUAGUAUUACUACUUGCAAUUGUAGCAUACUUUUCCACCACUGUAACAUUACUUGAUGCUUAUCUACUAGAAGAGGAAAUUGAAGUGUAUUAUGUCGAAGCACCUUUAUUAAAGAGUCAAUUUGGUGAUUUAUUGGCAAAUAUCAAUGCUUUUCACUCUGGUGUACUCUUUUAUACAUUAACAACUGAAGAAUAUUAUACUGUAGAUUUCAUUGCAUAUCCUGGUAUUUUACCAACAUUCUUCCCAACCAUCUACAAUGACACUGCCAACAACUUUAUCGACAUUAUUUGGAAUUCAAGUGGAUUGGUUCAAUUCGUUCCAAGCUAUAAUCAAACCUAUUGGACUAAAUCUAACCUUACAAUGACCAUUACUGGAGCUAUUUUUGAACAAUAUUCAUGUUGGGUUCCUUAUUAUAAUGAAACUUACAAUUAUUAUAAUUUAUUUGAUGUUAAAGAUGAACAAUCAAAUCAAUUAUACAUUCCAAGUUCAAUUUGUAAUGAUUUUGUAUGGCAAUCAUUCCAAACUCUCUAUGAUUUGGGAGGUGAAGUUGUAACUACAGUUGACCCACCAAGGGAUUUUGCUACCUUGUUUGUAGAUGCUGAACCUAUUUUUGUUGAAUAUCCACAAGAACCAGAUAAUUGGGCACAAAUUACCAACUUUUAUAUCAAUUUGGUUGGAUUGUCACAUAAUCAGACAGCCGACGAAUUACUCGAACACAUCAUCACACUUUUUAAUGGCCAAUUCUUCCUCUAUAUUGGUGGAAACUAUUACAACAUGUCACUUUCGGCAGCACCACUCUUUGAAUAUGUUCCAGCAGCACUUCCAUCUGGUGAAAGACACUCUGAAAAUGUUAGAUAUGCUAUCAAUUGUUUGCCAUCUGAAACCUCGCAAGACGGUGGUAUCGGUGGUGGUUGGAUCUUUAUUAUCAUCCUUGUUUGUGGUGCCACUGCUUACCUCUUGACAGGUAGUCUUUUCAAUUUCUUAAAUAAUGGUAAACGUGGAACCGAUUGUAUUCCAAACAAAGAUUCGUGGAGUCAUUUUGGUGAACUUGUACAAGAUGGAAUUAAAUUCAUCAAAGGAAAGAUUGCCUAUACUGCUAUUUCUACUUCUUAUUCUUCAAUUGAAUAA